UGUUUAGUUCUAAGCUUGUUUUCCUUUUUCUCACAGUUGAGGCUGUAUAGCCUGCCACCCAAAAGUUAUCAUGUAGAAUUGAAUGUAUCAUUCCAGCUGCCUAAGAGGAAAUUCCUAUGCAGACAGGUUCAUCAACUGUCACAUUUAGAUAAUGUGCUUAUUAUAACUGGUGUUGUUACGACAGUGGCGCACGUUAUCUGUCAGUAGGGUGUUUCUGAAGAGCGUCGACCAACAAUUCCCAACUGUAGGGUUUCACUAUCAAGCGAACGUUGAAGUGUAAUUGGAAAGUCAAAGCAAACUGGCAGAGACUGGAGACUGCGAGGCUGAUAGGUGAGGACAUGAAUAGAAACCAACUCGCCUUGUUGAGUUCACACUCGCCACAUCGUUUUCACACCACCUAGCCUUUCCCCUUUUCAUUCUUGUUCCCCACGCCCCCCUGCCUGCUCGUUCACAUGCGUUCCACCUGUUGACAUCGACACAUUCAACCGUGAUCUGUCAUAUUCUCGGCAGAGCGAUAGAACCGAGAUGGUUCAUUAGACCGCAGAGCGGAGAGACGGGGGUGUGAAGAGAGUUGACGGGACCAGGAAAAGUCCCCGAGCUUCACUUCUAGUCUCAUUCUUUCCCGGGAAGCGAAAGCAAGUGGAGAGAGUUAGAGGAGUAGCCUACCGGCGACUUUUUUGUUAUCCUGAAUUACGCGUGACUUCAACGUAACCUGAGAGGAUUUAUUUGUGGAGAUAAAUCAACAGCUCGACUUCGCGAAACAAUUGUUGAAGCCAAGGGAGCGGAAGUUUCGGUACAGGUAUGAAAGAGAUGCCGAGACAUGUGAUGGACUCGCCAAAGAGCCAAUGGGAGCCGGGCAGGAAGCCCCCGUGGGUGGCCCGAUUGGUGGGUGGCAGGAGUCCCGCCUCCUCGGGGGCGGAGUCGGACACGGAGGGCAGCAGCACGGAGAGUGAGCGGUCCCGCUCGCGGCGCUCCGACUCGGGGUCCAUGAGGGUUGCCACCUCUCCCUCGAUGCUGCAGCAGCGAAUCACAGAGAUCGACCAGCAGAGGGAGGAGCUAAAGAUUGAGCUACAACUGGAGAUAGCGCUGUUGCAGGGGGAGCUGAAGACGGAGAGAGAGCACCUGCGCAGACACACACAGCAGCUGCAGGCACUGCAGGAGCACAGCGGACGCAGACACACACACCGCCAGAGCUCCAGAGACAAGGAGCGGCUGCGUUUGGAGGAGGAGAGGGAGCGCGUGGAGGAGUUGAGGAGGAGGUGUGAGGAGCAGGAGAGACUCCUUCCCACUCAGCCCGAGAGCCAGAGGGAACAGCUGCUCACACAGCUGCAGCAGGAUAAGGAGGCGGCUGAGGCGGCUGUGCGGGCCUUUGAGGACUGGGAGUUCCGCGUCCUGGAGCAGGAGAGCAGCAUCGACUGUGAGAAGGUGGAAGAGGAGGAGGAGGCGGGAGAGGAAGAGGAGGAUGAGAGGGAGGAGAGCGAGAGCAGGGCGGAGACGGAGAGAGACGUCUCCAGGCAACAGCACGCUGUCAACGCUACACAGGAGCGAGUUCAGCAACUGGAGAAGCAGUUGAAGGAGAUGGAGAGAGAGAAGGAUCGACAACUCAACGCCCUCAGGCAGGAGAGAAGAGAACUCCUCCACUCAUCCUCCAGGAGUUUGAAAGAAAAGAAGCCUCUCUCUGAUUGGGCCAAUAUCACAAGCUCCACCCCCUGCAUGAUGUCACUGUCCCCACUGACCAUUCACAAAGCAGCACAGGAGAGCUGCAAAGAGACAGCCAGUCUUCCGCGGCGGCGUACCACCCAUCGGACCAAACUCUCCGACCGACCCCUCUCGGUACAGGGUAUUGGGAGGAUGCAUACGGACGGCCUGUCCCCCGAGAUGAUGAUGCCCCCGCGCCCCCUCUCCUCCUCCUCCCAUCGCCAUAGCAACGGGCAUGCCAACGGCCACCGCAACAAUGCCUACAGUAACGGCAACGGCUUCCUGACGCCGUGCAACAGCGCCAAUAGCUCACGUGCCGCCAGCCCCAGCCUAGGUAUGCUGGACCUUGUGGAGAUCGAGAGAAAACUACGAGAGGCCAAAGCAGAGAGGGAACGCUUACUAAAGGAGAGGGAGGAGUGGCGGAGGCAGGUGGUGGGGGAGAGGGAGAGGCACCAGAGGGAUCAGGAGUCCCCGCCAAGCACAGAGGGGGAGCAGGGCAGGAGCCAACUCUCAGCCCUCUCCAAGAUGGAGGUCAUGCCACUCAGCAAGAUGGAGGUCACGCCACAGCUCAAGGCCGAGGUCACGACAGAGGCGCACCCAGAGGACUCGCCACUCAGCAACACUGCUCCCAGCACGCCGGAGAAGAGCGCCCCUCUCUCCUUCAUGCCGAACUUUGACCUCCGUGCCCAUGUGGAGUCUCUGGGCCACAACGUGACCAACUGCCUGGGCGUACGUCUGUUACCACGGCGAUGCGGCGGCUUUCUGACCAAGCGAGGGGGCCGUGUGAAGACCUGGAGAAGACGCUGGUUCCUCUUCGACCUGGACCAUCGGAGAUUAGCCUACUACACAGACCAAGACGAGAAGAAGCUGAAGGGGGUGAUCUAUUUCCAGGCCAUAGAGGAAGUGUAUUAUGACCACCUACGCACCGCCACCACAUCCCCGAGGCCGAGCCUGACGUUCUGCGUGAAGACGUACGAGCGCCUCUUCUACCUGGUGGCCCCCAGCCCAGAGGCCAUGAGGAUAUGGAUGGACGUCAUUGUGACCGCAACAGACGAACACACCAGAUACUGACACAGACUGGACAUCACUUUAACUUCAGCUUUCUCUCUCAGCUGUCGACUGUGUUCAACGAUGACGCUUGCUACAAGAAGGGUGGGGUUGGGGGGGCAACGUCAACGUUGACAUGUCGUUGAUGCCACCUCGUUGCUAUGGAGGCCGAUUUUUAACAACAGCAGACAGUACUGGAUGAACUGUACAUCAAGGUCAACAGGUGGACUCGACAUCAUAUUAACAGCAGUGGACACACGUUCUAAGCAGGCCUGGUUCCAGCAAUACAUGACUCAGGGAGGUGAAAGAGGUGUAGAUAGGAGGGGCGCCUUUUUUUAACACACUCACACGUGCACUGUAGAGCCAGAGUGAUCAUUGAGUCUCAGUCAAAGGGGCGGCUGGGGAUGUCAGCUGAGGCCUAGUCAUUGUCAUCAUAGUAUCUGCAACAGA